AGACCAUGCUGAGAACCAGCUUCACUGCAGUGACAGAGCAAUCAUAGACUCUGAAGCUCUAGAAUACUACAGACACUGUGAACAGCACAAAGGAUCCCGUCUCAUCGUCUCUCACCAUGUGCAUAGGACUGGAAUCACUGCCUAGCACAUGUCUGGAGAGGGCAAAGGAACUCAAAGCUCUCUUUGGAAGUUUCCUACAGAAGCCAGAUCUGAGCAUCAUCGGUCACUCACACAAGACCGACAAACUAAGGUUAAAUAAGAGUGAACCAUUAAAAUGGAAGGAGUCGUUUGAGAACCUGCUGUCCAACCAAAAUGGACUGUGCUUGUUCCGUGCUUUCCUGGUGUCGGAGUUUAGCGAGGAGAACAUAGCUUUCUACCUGGCCUGUGAAGACUACAGGAUAACCAAGCCCUCCUCAAAGCUAUCGGCUACAGCUAAGAAGAUCUAUGAGGAGUAUGUCUGCAGUGAUGCACCAAGAGAGGUCAACCUCGACCAUGAGACCAAAGCCAUCACCAAGAAGAAUCUGGAACACCCCAGCCAGUCCUGUUUCAGCCUGGCCCAGGAGAAGAUCUACGCCCUGAUGGAGAAAGACUGCUACCCUCGCUUCCUCAAGUCCCCCACCUACCUGGAGAUCAGUCGGCAGGUCAAAUCCGGUUAAGACCAUUUAUGGCUUGUUAAGACUGGUUAAGGCUGGUUGAAGCUUGUUAAGACUGGUUAAGGCUGGUUGAGGCUUGUUAAGACUGGUUAAGGCCAACUUGCAGGUGGUGAAUGAGACACGAAGAAGAAGUCCAUGGGAGACAUGCUGAAAAGGACACACUGGAAACCAGGUGGUCUCACUAGGGUCCUCCUCAGUGGAGGAAGGGUCCUGUGCUGCUGGGUCAAACGUAUGGAGGGGGGGACUGAAGAUGUAUACUAGAUUGAACUGGAAGUCAGUCGGAAGUUGACACUGGAAAUCUUGUCUGUGGCCUAGGAAAGAAGGCCGCUCACUGUGAAGAUUGGAGUAUCGAAGUCUGUAAAAGAGGUCUGUGAAGAUUGAGGUAUCUAAGUCUGUAAAAGAGGUCUGUGAAGAUUGAGGUAUCUAAGUCUGUAGGUCUGUGAAGAUUGAGGUAUCUAAGUCUGUAGGUCUGUGAAGAUUGAGGUAUCUAAGUCUGUAGGUCUGUGAAGAUUGAGGUAUCUAAGUCUGUAGGUCUGUGAAGAUUGAGGUAUCUAAGUCUGUAGGUCUGUGAAGAUUGAGGUAUCUAAGUCUGUAGGUCUGUGAAUAUUGAGGUAUCUAAGUCUGUAAAAGAGGUCUGUGAAGAUUGAGGUAUGGAAGUCUGUAAAAGGUGAACAUGUGUCUUGAGGUCAAAGACACAUGAAGAAGUUCAUGGUCAUGGCGUUUGAGCAGAAAGAACAAUGUGAUGGAAAAGGACUGCUUUGCACAAUCACUGAGAAGGUGUUAUAGUUUUGUAUUGUCUGAUGCCUGUCUAUUUAUUUGGGUAUUUAUUAGCAGUCAUUUUGUUAUAGAAAUGUUAUUGAAAUGUUAUUGAAAUGUUUGUACUGUAGAGUGCACUGGACAGCACUGUCCUGUACCGUUCCACAACAUUUUUUAUAUUUAUGUGUACAUUUUUUAUACCCAGAACUCCUUAUGUGAGAGGAAAUUAUUUGAAUAAAAUCGGAAACUAUAUAAAACAACA